GCUUUGGGAGAGUGAAUGGGGUGCACAGAUUGGCGGUGUCAGGGAGAGGCCAGAAGCAGGAUGAAGCGCCUAAAAGGAACUGACUUCAUGGCCCGAACCAGCAGCUGGGAGGAGGUGGCCAUGCUGCGCUCGGAGCUGGAGAAAUGCCUUGACUGUGCCCCAGUGAGCACAAGCAACCUCUCCUGGCAGAGCACGGCAUGUGAUAAAAUCCUCCGGGCUUGCAUCCACUGGCUGGGACUAGGCAGGAGCUGUCCAGCACACUUUCAGAGCCUCUUGGACCUGGCUGAGCUGGCAUGCAAGGGUUAUAUAGAAGCUGGGCCCCAGCGUGUUCCCCUUUACCUGGAGAAAAUCCUCUAUCACCUGCUGAAGAACAUUGCUACCCAGGGAACCUAUGAGUCCUGCUUGAAGUUUGCUGAUUUGCUCUAUGCCAACCUGGCAAGGUGCCAGCCCCCAGAGGUGCCUGCAGAAGACUUUGAGGCCAUUGCCAAGAGCAGCUUUAGCCUGCUGUGGAAAGGUGCAGAUGCCCUUGCUAAACUGGCACCAGGGAAAAGCAGGGAGGUGCUUUCAGGCCGGCUGCAGGCCGUGCGCUUUCUGGUCUUUCUGGAAGAAGACUGCUCUGCCCAGUUGCCCUUGGAGCCGCCAUUUUUUACUUCCCAUAUGUUUGAGGCCCAAAGGAGCCCCGUGAGCAAGGAAGAUGCCUGCUUCUUCAGCGAGCAGCUUCGAUGCCACCUGAUCCUGGCCCUACUGAGUGGGAGGAGUACGGCAGAGCCUUUGCCCCUACAGCGGUCCCUGUGCCUCUUCGAGCUCACCUUGGAGCAGUGCCGGCGUCUCUGCAAGAGCAGCUGUUUUAGGGCAGGCAGAGAAGUGCUAGACCAAGCCCAGGGCCACCUAGCAGGAGCUGAUGAUGUCAGGAAGGGCUUUGGUGCUGCUCUGGGUCUCCUGCGUGCUGGAGUCGAGCUGAGCCAGGUGGUAGCGCUGGGUGAGGGGCAGGCAGGGCUGCACCCCCCCCCCGUUAUGGAAGGUUAUUCCCAGCUUCUCCGUAGGCUGCUGGAUAGCAUUCCUCCUGACAACAUGAAGCCACAGCAAGCCGUGAACCAGCUGCACUAUCACAGCCUGCAGCUCUGCACCACAGUGGCCUAUGAUGCCUUCCUGGGUUCCCAGGUGGCAGGAUCGGCUGGACUGGAGCAGCUGGUGAGCUCUUGUCGAAGUAUCAUUACCUGGAUGCUUGAUGCACUCGAGGGGCUCUCUGAACAAGACCACGUGGAGUACCUCGAAGUCACAGCCUCAUGUACAUUCAAACUGGCCUAUGGCUUCUACAGCCAACAGCUGUAUGUGGAGGCCAGCUCGCUGACUGAGCUGUUCUGCAACUGGCUGAGGAAGGCAGGGUCCUGUAAAUAUCCAGAGCUGCCCACAGAAAGGGUGCACAAGUGCUUUAAGCUGCAGGUGGAAAGCUACAGGAAGCUGGGCUGGUUUGAGAAGAGCCUUGACUGUGUGGCACUCUGGCUGGCGGUGCUGCGGAGCAAGAUCCGGGAGCAUAUGGCAGAGCCAGUCUUGCUCUGGGUCAGAGUCAAAAUGGAUGCAACAAAAAAUGGGGAUGAAGACCUGAAAUUAAAGACUCUCAAGGAUGCCUUGGAGGGGUAUGGCCUAGACAUAGGCACCCUGGUGUCUGUGCUCUCGGAAGAACUGAAGGUCUACAAGGCUACACGGGCCAGCACGGGGCGGGAGCGCUUCAAUGUGAUCUGUGACCUUCUGGAGUGCUGCUCGGCGGAGGGCGGCUGGGAGCACAAGCGGGCGGUGAACCUGGUGGAACUGGCCCAGGUGCUGUGUUAUCAUGACUACUCGGAGCAGACAGCCUGUUCCUCCCUGGACUCCGUACGGGAGGCCCUGCAGCUGUUGGACUCUGUACCUGUGAGUGCCAGGAACCGGGAGCAGCUCCUGGACGACAAAGCGCAGGCCCUGCUCUGGCUCUACAUUUGCACCCUAGAAUCCAAAAUGCAGGAGAGCAUUGAGAGAGACCAGAGAGCCAGGGACCAGGAGCAAAAGAACCUGGAGAACUUUGAACCUAAUGACCUCAACUAUGAAGAGCAGCUCCAAGAUGACAAGUUCCUGUACAGCGGCAUCUCCUUCAACCUGCUGGCAGAUUCUGCACAGUCCAAGUGCCUGGAUGAGGCCCUGGCCUUGUGGAAGACGCUCCUGGCCAAGACGGGAGUCCCAGCUGUGCGCAGUGCUGAGCAGACCGUGGCCUCCCUGCACAUCAUGGCAGCGCUGUACAGAAUGAUGGCAAAGCCCCUGCAGUCCAUGGAAAGCUAUCUCCUGAUCAGAACACUCUGCAGUGGCCUCGGUGACUGGCUUGGGACCGGCAGCGCCUUGUGUCAAGUGACUAAACUAUUGUUCCAGUUGGAGUGUCCCAGCGAGGCGAAGAGCUUUCUGGAAGAAGCAGAGUCCUGCCUGCUGCGAAAUGCUGAUUGCAGCAGUGACUCCUACGUGCUGCUGAAGCAAACCUGCCUUGUGCUCCGCAGCCAGCUGUGCUGUGUAAACCACGAGGUUGAAGAAGGCCUUGUCCUGUUGCUAGAGGUCCUCCAACACCCAGCGCUGCAGAAGACAGCCAAGGUUUGGUACCUGCUCCGAGCCCAUGUCCUCCAGCUGACGGCCAUGUAUCUCAGCCUACCUCCAACCAGCCUUUCGGCUGAACUCAGGCAACAGCUCUGGGCUCAGGGAUGGAAAACCCCUGAGACUGCUUUGGCUGAUGCCCACAAACUCUUCCGCAGCAUCCUCCUCCUCCUGAUGGGCGGUGACUUGCUGUCCUCACCCAAAGCUGCUCCAGAGACUCAGUUUGUGGAUCAUGGAGAAAAUCUCCUGCAGAAAUGGCAGGUGCUGGCUGACAUGCUGGUCUGCUCGGAGAAGCUCGUUGCCCUCUUCAGCCAAGUGGAGACGGUGUGCGAAGCCAAAGCUUUCUGCCUGGAAGCCCUCAAACUCACCAUGAAGCUGCAGGCCAUUCGAUGGUGUGCUCGGUUUCUGGUCUUGAAGGCCCAGCUGGAGCUGCAGCGAAGCGAGCUGGAGCUGUGUCACUCAGACCUCCAGCAAGCCCUGUUCCUGCUAGAGUCUGGCACUGACUUUGCUUCUGUUGAGUGUCAGAAGAGCGAGGUGAAGAUCGAUCCAAAGAAGGUCACAUCCAAGGGCAGCAAGCACCAAGGCCCCAGUGCCGAGCCUGCGGGCGAGGACGACAGCUUCCUCAAGGGCCGGGUGCUAGAGUUUGUGGACACUGUGAGCAUGCAGGAGAAGGAGAGGGGCCUGACAACCUCCCCAGUGCUAAAACCCAAGGAGAAGAGAUGUUUGAAUUUCCUGAAGCACUCUGCUCAGUGCCCCUGCUCCCUCUGCUCUGACGUGACCCUCUCAACCAUCUGCCUCCACUGGACGGUCUCUUUUGCCCAGGGGGAGCUGGCAUCAGGGAACGCAGCUGAGGGGUUAGGUCUCCUCCGGGCGAGUCUAGAGCGCUGUACUGGCGUGACCUCGCGCUUCUCCACCAUGGUGUGGGAGGCAUCCGGGGGCGAUAGCAAGAAGGUGGCUGUUCGGGACCAGUCCAUGCUUGGGCUGCUGGACGAUCUGGUCGCCAGCAUCUAUGCCAGUCUGGCUGCUCAAAGCAUGAGUGGCCACCGGCCAGAGAAGAGCCUGUGGGAGCUCCUGGAGGCUGGCCUGACGUUCCUGGCUUCCAGAGUGCCCCACCUGCCGGGUCUGGAGUACCACAAAGCAAGUCUGCUGCUCACCAAAGCCACAGCUACCAUCUACAGCCUGGCUUCCAAGCACCACAGCUGCAUGGCUCACAUCUUCUCCAGCGUCUGGGCCUGGAAACCCCCAACUCCCUCCUCUGAGACCAAAGGAUCAGCCACGAGCAAGACCAUCAAGAGAGAGGAAAGCCUGCCCCUGAAGAGUAGAAGCAAGAAGACUCCAGUGGCAGCUUCUGGCCGAAAACCCAAAGCCAGGAGAGGUCAGGGAGUCCAGCCGUUGCCUUGGAUAGACUCCAACGAUGUCUUUGCCCUGGGAGACUCGGAUGGAGAGGUGCCCCCUGUCGUUAUUAGACCCAUGAUGGACCCCUGUACCCCCGUGCAGAAACCCUUCCCUCCCACCAAGAGUCACUCGCACACUAAGCCGACCGCUGGCCCCAAGGCUCCAUUCAUGGUGUUCAAUGAGGCCUCCCCUUUGGGGGCGAAGUCUCAGCUGCUGAAGGCUCCCAAAGCUUCCAGGAGAGUCCGAUCUCGCCUGAAGGUGGCCUUCAGUGAUGACAGCGAUGUGGAGGAUGCCAGUGCAGCAGCCCCACGGCCAGAAGACAAGAGGCUGGCUGCCCGCAAGGAGCGAGGGCCCGCCAAGGCCAGGCAGGCAUCAGCCUGUGGCAAGAAGGUUUCAAGGCCAAAGGCCUUGGCUGCUGACACAGAGGGGGCCCCAGCCAGCUCUUUGGACAGCUGCUCCCAGAGCAGCAACGCCAAGCCCCGGAGGACACGCGCAGGCAACAGGAAAGCGGCUGAGCAAGAAGCAAUGGCAGCAGCAGCCCGGAGAGGCCCCUGUGGGGAGCAGGAGGAAGGGGAGCUCCUGAGAGCCAUCCAGGAAGAGGAGGGGCUGGAAGAGGGAUUGGAGAUCAGCUUUGAGGUCUUGCGAGGCUCUGAUGAGGAAGAGCCAGCCCCAGAAGCCCGUCCGCCAGCCCUGGCGAGGCCUCAGACGUGCUCGCUCUUGCCCACAGGGAGGCAGAGGAGGACCGCAGCCCCUGGGCUCAGUGGGGCCGACGGGGAGCAUGAGGUUCUGCGGCGAGAUGCCAGUGCUGAUCUGGAGGAGAACUUCCUGGUGGCAGAGAGGAAAGGGAGCCAUGACCCCUUCAGCCUGCAGGCGCUCUCCUCCUCCCUGGCUGCUGCUGUCAGUGCAUCCUCUCUGGACUCUGUCGCCAACAUCCUGAGAGCUGCCUUCCAGGCCAUCAGCCACUGCCCUCCGAGUGCCCUCUACUGCCAGCUCUGCCGGCUCCUGGCACUCUGCAUCGGCAGUGGGUCUGUCUCGAUCACUGCCCGCCAUCAGCUGAUGAGCAGCAUUCACAGGAGACUCUACAAAAUGAAGAAAAAGUCAGUGGCCGGGGUUGCUGCUCAGCUGCAGGAGCUCACCCUGCAGGGAGGGGGUGCCGGUUCGCAGCUCCAGCACCUGGAGCAGCUCCAGAGCUUGUUUGAAUUCAGUGCGGCAGGGCUGGGCCCAGGAGAGACGGAGAGCUUCAGGGAGCAGCUGCAGCAAAUCCCUGGCGGUGUAGCCGUGUGCCUGCUGACCCUGGGGAGCCUGCAGCCUGGCACUGCUGGGGACACCUUGCUGCUAACCCGCCUGGAGAAGGACAGCCCUCCAGUCACCAUCCACAUCCCAACAGCUCACAGCAAGGCGCCCCUGAGCACCGUGCUUGGCGAGUUUGAUGCCAUCCAGAGGGAGCAGAAGGAAUUCAGCAGCUGCACGGACAAGAGGGACUGGUGGAUGGGCCGGACGGAGCUGGACAGAAGGAUGAAGGUCCUGACGGAGACUCUGGAGAAGGAGGUGCUGGGAUGCUGGAAGGGGGCCUUGCUGCCGGCCAGCCCAGACCCUGCUGUGGGCGAGGAGGCCUCCAGCCUGCAGGAACGUCUCCGGGAGUGUGGCUGGGACGGCUCUGAUCUGGCCCUGCUGAAGCUCGUGUUGACCAGCGCUCACCUCCUCACCCCCCAAGACGUGCAGUGCCUUGCGUCGGGGCUGUGCCCAGCACAGCCGCAUGCCGCGCAGGCCCUGCUGCAGGAGGCGCUGGACAGGGGGAGAUCCCGCAGCGGGCAGGCGAGUGGUCACCUGGUUCUUGUGCUGGACAAGCACCUGCAGAAGCUGCCCUGGGAGAACAUGCCCUGCUUGAGAGCCCUGCCAGUGACCCGGCUACCCUCCUUGCGCUUCCUGCUCAGCUACACCCUUGCCCAAAGACAUCAGCCAGGGUCUGUCCUCACCCGCGGGGUGAACCCCAGCAAUGCCUUCUACGUCCUCAACCCUCACGACAACCUGCCUGGGACAGAGGAGCGCUUCCGAGCCUGGUUUGAGAGCGAACCCGGCUGGAGCGGGGCGACAGGAGCAGUCCCAAGCCAGGAGCAGAUGCAGUCGGCUCUCACGGAGCACGAUCUCUACAUCUACGCCGGGCAUGGAGCAGGGGCUCGAUUCCUGGAUGGCCAUUCGGUCCUCAAGCUGGACUGCCGUGCUGUGGCCCUGCUCUUCGGCUGCAGCAGUGCUGCCCUGGCCCUCCGUGGCAACCUGGAGGGAACCGGUAUCAUCCUCAAGUACAUCAUGGCGGGAUGCCCCUUGGUGCUGGGAAACCUCUGGGAUGUGACUGACCGAGACAUCGACCGCUAUAUGGAGGCACUUCUCCAGAGCUGGCUGAAGUCAGGACCAGGUGCUCCUCUCCUCCAGCAUGUUGCCCAGUCCCGCCAGGCCCCCAGACUCAAAUACCUGAUUGGUGCAGCCCCCAUAGCCUAUGGCUUGCCUGUGAUUCUGCAGUGAGACCCCUGUCCAAGGCGUCAUGGGACUUGGAUCAUAAAGGAGAUCCAGCACCUGACCUCUGCCUCCUCUGGACCAAAGCUCCUCUGAAAGUGCCUUUUGUUCAGAUGCAGAUUUUCAGCCUUGUCUGUCUGAUCUCGGCAGACAGCCCCUGGUUGGCUUCUCAUAAGGACUUGUGGAUGGAUGAUCUCUUAAGGUUCACUGUGGCACAUUUAAACAGCUGCAGUGUCUUGGAGUGGCUGGUCUGGGAGAAGAAUCGUAUGCAUGUAAAUUGUCAAAUCUGUAUGAAUAAGUUAUUUUAAUAAAAGUACCUGAGUUUUUAUAUUGUAAACUGCCGUACAAGUGUUAUGGUCAACUGAAAUAAAGCUGGUGGAGCCAUA